AUGGCGAUUUUCGACCUAAAAAAGAACCUAGUCUUCUACGGCGCAUACCACCGCGACCCCACAAACGUCGCCAUCCACAUGCUCUGUGUCCCCAUCCUCCUCGGCACAGGAUUCCUCUUCGGCACCAACACACCCCCCCUCUUCCGCACCCCCACCCUCCUCUCCCGCCUCCACCUUCCCCCCAACCUCGGCACCCUUGCCGCAACCACCUACGCAACCCUGUACCUCGUCCUCUCCCCCAACCUUGCCGGCGCCACCAUAACCCCUCUCGUCCUCUCCCUCGCCUCCGCCUCAAACUACCUCACCUCCCGCUUCUCCAAGACAAAAGUCAACAGCAUCGCCAUCGCCGUGCACGUUGUAAGCUGGAUACUGCAAUUUGUAGGACACGGCAAGUAUGAAGGGAGGAAGCCCGCGUUGCUGGAUAAUCUGGUUCAGGCAUUGUUUUUAGCGCCCCUGUUUGUCUGGUAUGAGACGCUGUUUAAGCUGGGGUUUUAUAAGAAUCUGAAGAGGGAGGUCGAGGAAGGGGUCGAGGCGGAGGUUAGGAGGAUGAGGGAGGAGAAGAAGAAGACGGGGAAGGGGAAGGAGAGGAGGAAGAUUGUGGGGGAUGGUGAGGAGAGGGGUUAUGGGACUGUUGGGGGGGAGUGA